AUGGGAGGAGGACGCAAGUUAUCAGCCUCCUUUCUCUCCUCAUUAUUCAUCUUUUUCUUUCUUUCUACCAAUGCCCGAUUCACUCCUUCAGACAACUACCUCAUCGACUGUGGAUCACCUCACAACACCAUCCUUGACGACGGCCGGACGUUUAAAUCAGACCCUCAAUCGGUUUCCUACCUAUCCACCGACGAAAACAUAUUCGCCACCUCAAAUUCCACCCCGGAAAACGAAACUCUCCCUUUAUACCGGACUGCAAGAAUCUUCGACAGCGAAUCAGUUUAUAGGUUUCUCGUCUUUCAACCAGGCCGCCAUUUCCUUCGACUCUACUUCUACCCUCUCCACCACCCGUCAUAUAAUCUCACCACGGCGGUUUUCACCGUGAAAACUGAUCAAGGUCUAGUUCUUCUGCAUGAUUUUUCAGCCACAAAGAAUUCGGAUUCUCAUUUCAAAGAAUACCUCAUUAACGUCCCUUCUGAUGAUUUCUCACUCGUUUUCUCCCCAUUAAAGAAAUCUUUUGCUUUCGUGAAUGCAAUCGAGUUUAAUUCAGCCCCCGAUGAGCUUGUUCCCGAUUCCGCAACCAUUAUCUCUCCUCCUGGAGUUUUUAAUGGUAUGUCGGAUUAUGACCUUCAGAUUGUGCAUAGAGUUAAUGUCGGAGGGCCAAUGGUUAGUCCUAAAAACGACACAUUGUCAAGGACAUGGAAGAGUGAUAGUCAUGGAUACAUGAUGUUUCCCAAGGGUGAUAAACUUGUUUCCGUUGAUCCGAGUACAAUCACUUAUCCGGUUGGAGGAGCCACCCCUUUGAUUGCACCAAACCAAGUUUACUCCUCGGCGGCUUCAAUGGAAGAGUCCGGUGUCUCCAAUGCAAAUUUCAACCUGACUUGGGAGAUGAAAGUAGAUUCGGGGUUCAAUUACUUUAUCAGGCUGCACUUUUGUGAUAUCGUGAGCACCGGUAUGAACACCCUCUAUUUCAAUGUGUAUGUAAACAACAUGAUGGGGAUCUCAGGGCUAGACUUGUCAUCACUCACUUCAAACCUAGCCGUUCCCUACUACAAAGAUUUUGUGCUCAACGCGUCCGCCGUUUCCAACGGCUUGAUACGUGUCCAGGUUGGACCAUCGGAUCUUGAAUCCGCCAUUCCCAACGCCGUACUAAACGGCGUGGAGAUUAUGAAGAUGAGAAACGCCGCAGGCACCUUAGAUGGGUUAUUCUCAUCCAGCAGCAAUAGUCGUGGUGUGUCACACACCACAACUAUUGCCGAGGUAGUUGGUGUUGGAGCAGCAACAAUUGCAUUGUUGCUCCUCAUCUUUACCUUCAUUAGGAACAAAAACAAGGCCAAGGGUUGGGACCAGGGUGGAACUAGUUCCAAGUCAUGGUUUCUUCCCCUUAACGCGAGUUAUUGCACUACUUUGCUUUCUAGCAAGAGCAAGAGCAAGAACGGGUACUCGAGUGUUUUCUCUUCUAAUAUUGGCUUCGGCCGAUCUUUCACUUUUAACGAGCUACGAGACGCAACAAAGAAUUUCGAUGAAAGUGUGGUAAUCGGCGUUGGAGGGUUCGGGAAAGUUUAUAUAGGGGAGAUAGAAGCAGGAACAAAGCUUGCAAUAAAGAGAGGAAACCCUAGAUCCUCACAAGGCAUUAACGAGUUUCAAACCGAAAUUCAACUGCUAUCCAAGCUUAGACACCGACAUCUCGUUUCAUUGAUUGGCUACUGCGACGAAAAUAGUGAAAUGAUUUUAGUGUAUGAGUACAUGGCUAAUGGACCACUUCGUGAUCACAUCUACGGAUCAACCCUACCUUCUUUGACAUGGAGGCAGCGCCUCGAGAUCAGCAUUGGUGCAGCUCGAGGGUUGCACUACCUACAUACCGGUGGAUCAUCACAUGGUAUAAUCCAUCGGGAUGUAAAAACCACUAACAUUCUCUUGGAUGAGAAUCUAGUGGCAAAAGUCUCCGAUUUUGGGUUGUCAAAAACCGGACCGGCUUUGGACCAAACUCAUGUUAGCACGGCGGUGAAGGGUAGUUUCGGGUAUCUUGAUCCGGAAUACUUCCGGAGGCAACAACUUACAGAGAAAUCUGAUGUUUACUCAUUCGGUGUUGUCCUUUUUGAGAUCUUAUGUGCUAGACCCGCUCUUGAUCCUGCAUUGCCAAGAGAACAAGUGAAUUUAGCCGAAUGGGCAAUGGCAAAACAAAGGAAGGGUGUGAUUGAGAUGAUUGUUGAUCCUAGAAUUCUGAAAACGAUAUGCUCUGAAUCUUUAAUUAAAUAUGUGGAAGCAGCAGAAAAGUGUCUAGCUGAGUAUGGUGUUGAUAGACCUUCCAUGGGAGACGUUCUCUGGAACUUGGAGUUCGCUUUGCAACUUCAAGAUGCAUCUUUGCAGCUCGAUCCUCCUGAAGAAGAUGAUACCUGCGAUGCAAAGAAAAAUAAGAUUGUUUCUUCUGAAAAGUCCAAGAAAGGAGAUGAAACAAAUAACGACAGUGAUGUUAGUAUCCUUAUUAAUGAUGACUCAGGCAUUGUGAUUGGUUCUCCUUUGUUCUCCAAGAUCGAAGAUUUUGAAGGAAGAUGA